AUGCGACACAAGCUCAGCACGCUGUACAAGUCCAUUCUCGAGAAGGCAGAGACAACAGACUUCAAUUUAUUCGUCACUGGAUACGUGGGAUUCUUCAACCAGGAUACCACUGAUUGUGACCAGAGCAGCUACGAUUAUUUUAAGUCUGGUUACAAGCCUUCUGGUAAUCUUGUUAUGCUUACGCGUGAUCUACGGACAGAACUCAACCUUCUGGUUGCCCAACUGAACAACGCGAUUGAAAGUGCUGUCCAAGACGCCAAUGCUGGGGCAAAAACAACCCAAAUCCACUAUGUCGAUGUGCUGUAUGUCUUCUGA